AGCGGCGGCCGGGCAGCCAUGUCGCUUUUGUCUGCGGCGCGGGCGGCCCUGCGAGUGUACGCGGUGGGCGCGGCGGUGGUCGUGGCGCAGCUGCUGCGCCGCCGCCUCCCGGGCUUCGCGGAACCAGUUUUCCCCCGACAACUCGAGCGUGUUGCUAUAGUGACCGGCGGGACUGAUGGCAUUGGAUAUGCGACAGCGAAGCAUCUGGCCAGACUGGGCAUGCACGUCAUCAUAGGCGGAAAUAACGAAGGCAAAGCGGAAGAAGCUGUGAGAAAGAUAAGAGAGGAAACCCUCAAUGACAAAGUGGAAUUUCUGUAUUGUGACCUGGCGUCCAUGAGGUCCAUUCAGCAGUUCGUCCAGAGGUUCAAGAUGAAGAAAAUCCCACUGCAUGUACUGGUCAAUAACGCUGGUGUAAUGAUGGUGCCGCAGGGGACCACCGAGGACGGCUUUGAGGAGCACUUUGGUGUGAACUACCUGGGGCACUUCCUGCUGACCAACCUCCUCCUGGACACCCUGCGGGAGUCGGGUGCCCCCGGCUGCAGCGCGAGGGUGGUGACCGUGUCCUCAGCCACACACUACGUCGGGGAACUGAACUUGGACGACCUUCAGAGCAGCAGCAGCUACUCGGCGCACGCGGCGUACGCCCAGAGCAAGCUGGCCCUCGUGCUGUUCACCUACCGCCUGCAGGCGCUGCUGGAGGCCACGGGCAGCGCCGUGACCGCCAAUGUGGCCGACCCCGGCGUGGUGGACACCGACCUGUAUAGACACGUCUUCUGGGGCACACGGCUCAUUAAGAAGCUGUUCGGGUGGUGCCUAUUCAAGACCCCGGAUGAGGGAGCCCGGACCUCCGUCUACGCGGCGGUCACCCCAGCGCUGGAAGGCCGUGGGGGCUGCUAUCUUUACAACGAGAAAGAGACCAAGUCUCUGGGGGUCACGUACGACCUGGAGCUUCAGCGAGAGCUGUGGGCCAGAAGUUGCCAGAUGACGGGCAUCGCCGACGUGACCCAGGAGGUCUUCUAGGGUUAGCCACCCGCCGGGGAGACCGUGAUCUGCCAGGCGCGCGCAGGCAUGUUCCUCUCCUGGAGACGUGUGCAGGGCUUGGAUUCUACUUCAGACCACGGUACUAAUGUAAUAACAGCAAUCAUGUCGAAUGCCCCGUGCUUCCCUGGAUCUGGGUGCCCAUCGCAGUCUGUCAGGCUCUUCCUGAACUAGUUUCAUCGUGGACCUUCCAGGGUCUGCAGACACCUCAUCCUUCAGCAGCGUGACGGCCGCCCUCUAUGCCUUGGAAACAGAUGAACAAGAUGUUAUGAGUUCUGUGUCGUGCAACCAGGAGACGGUGGUGUAAAAGGACAGGAGACCAGGACGUGUACGUUUGAGGUCCUCACCUCCUUGCCUGCAUCCUGCUGUGGUUGGCAGAGCUGAGACUGCAGCGUCUGGGACUGUUCAUGUGGUGGCCUGAGAGGAACAAACCAGGGCCCCUUCUGCAGGUGUGCAGACUCUGCAGGACGUCCGCUCGGAUAAGAAACAUCCUGACACCCUUCCCGGGAGAACCAUAGGGUGACAAGGAGGCUCCCGGGGACCGUGGACCAGCACGAGGAAGAGAGCUGCCAGAGGGUCAGAGGUUCCUGUCCCCCUUCAUCACAGUUGCAGGGGAGGUGAUGAUUACGGUGUGAAGCCACAAGACGAUUUGUGGGUCCUGGUGGCCCAUGGCUCAGAUCACUGUGUGAAGAUGGGGGCGCAUGGUCCCAGUGGAAGACCCUGCUUAUUCAAACAGCUCACUAUUAUGUAGUGUAUAAGAGUGUCCUGGGCGGCUGUAACACAGGACCACAAACUGGGAGUCUGAAAAGAACAGAAAUUCAUCCAGCCCCCGGUCCUGGAGACCAGAUGUCUGAGGUCAAGAUGUCCCAGAGCUGUGCUCCCUCCAGACGCUCCCGGGGAGGAUCCUUCCCGCCUCUUCCAGCUUCUGGGGGCUCCAGGCGUCCCUGGGCUUGUGGCCGCAUCCCUCCCAUCGCUGCCUGUGUCUGCAUGUGGCUUCUUCUCUGUGUCUGUGUCUCUCCUCUUCUGUGUCUUAUAAGGACAGUGUCAUUGGAUGUAGGGCCACCCUCCUCCAGGAGGACCUCAUCUCAGACCCUUCACUUCCAUCCGGAUAAUCAAGAAUGAUCUCUUCAUCUCAAGAUCCUUCAUUAGUUACAUCUGUCAAGAGCCUUUUGCAGACAAAGUCAUAUCCACAGGUAACAGGGUUUAGGACGUGGUCAUAUCUUUUUGGUAGAAAAUAUUCAAUCCACUGCGUGGUACGUGAACUGGAUACUUGGAAACUCAGGAAACAUCCAUUCCUUUUCUGGUGAACUGGAAAACCACGGAGGUCACGGCUUCUUCUGUAUGUACCCAAGGCCGCUUUCCUGGGCGAGUGACCCAUGUCACUACACGGGACCCUGGGCUCAUAAGGACGCCUAUUGGCUUAAUGCCCUAUGGCCGCCAUAUUGAAAUUCUUGAAGCGUGAACAAGGACCCACAUUUUCAUUUUGCCCUGGAACUGCAAAUGCGGUAGCCCUCUCUGCUCACAUUCCUUCCAACCUCAAGAAAGAGGAGCAAGUCUGCACCCAAUAAGGACCCCCCCACCCCCAGCACACCCUCCAUCCGGCCACUGAUGCGCUCAAACCUACCUUUCAUGGGUGGUGAAGACCUCUCCCCGAGAUCCAGUAAGGCUAGUGGGUUUUGGCUGCACACUGGGGAAGCCUCUGAAAACCACUAAUGCUCAGCUCCACCAUCAGCAGAAUCCCCAAGUUCGUUCCUCUGGGCACCAGCAUUCAUUAGACCUCCUCAAGCCAUCCUCUUGUUCAGGCAAGUUUGAGACCCGCUGGGCCAGGCAAAUGCAGAUUGAAGCUUCCAGCCCUGGGCGCCAGCCCCUCCCAGAACUGCUCAGAUGUUCUGCUAAGCCCUACAGCCCUGACUGAUGUGUUUCAGAACUAGAAUUACUUUGUAUGUUCAAACCAAGAUGGAGACAUGCCUUGUCUAAUAUUUCCGGAUAGCCAGGAUGGCAGAGCAGGAUCUUGACUUCCAGGAAGAUCCCAACCUUGGAGCAUUUGCACAUCACUAGAGAGCCCUUUACGGCUUGAGGUCAUAGUACACAAGUGCCAGCUACUCUUAGCAGCAUCACAAAGUUGGUUCCCAGGUACAGACUCAGGAUGAGGAUGCAGGAAGAGUCCUGGCCAGUCCGACAUCCUCUGUCACUUUGAGAACAAGCUUGCUGGCCCCUGAAAGAUGCUGCAGUCCCUGGGCGAAGCUAGGCUCUGAGAGCAAUUUGGACUGUGUAGGACCCUGGCCUCACAGGCUCCUCCUCUUUGCAUGACCGGCCUUAUGUCGCUCGUCCACCAGGGGAGAGAGAGGACACAGUUCUGGAGAAGUUACCAUGUUCCCUCGACACCUGAUUGUGGAACAUUCCUCAGAGCUCAGAGACACUUCGCAGCAGCUGGAGAAGUCUCGUGGACCACUGGACACUCAGGAGAGUCACUCGACUUUCUGGAAGACCCUAUUGGAUACGCAGAAAAUGGAAGUGGGAUGGUCCAAAUCCACAGAGACGCACUCCCGUGCCAUCUGUGGAAUCGCUGACUCCGUCCCUGGUGGUCCAGUGUCAUCACCUGGGUCCCUGUAAAGAGGACGUCAGAGGAGUAUUUGAUUACAAGAUGCUGAGCUGCUCGUUUUGAUGAUCAAGGAAGGGGCCACAAGCUCAGGAUGGCAGACGCCUCCAGAAGGUGGAAAAGGAAGGAAAUAGAUUCUCCCCUGGAGCCUGCAGAAGAAAGCAGCCUGCGGGAUCCCUUGAGUUUAGAGCUUCGGGCUUUAAAACGAGACUGCAAACUCCGGGAAAGAAGGGCUCAAGUGUCUCCAGCUCACCUUCCAAAGGGGAGCAGUAUCUCCACCUGCUGCCCCAUCCGGCUGGAUCCGCGAGAAGCAGAGGGAGGAGGGUUGCCGUGUCAGGUGCGACCCCACGCCUCUGCAGGGUUCCCCUCUCGUUGCCAAGAUCCUGGCAUGUGGAACACGGUGCAGGGAUUCAGAUGCACCAUGGCUUACGUUCCGGGGACGCAGUAAGGAGAUAGUUAAUCAUUACCGUCUAAUUCUGAUGGCUCCAGCGCUGCACCCCUUCCCUCUUAAGCAGAUGCUCGAGCUGAAAUGGUUUGUGCACCUGCGUAGACAACGUGGUUUUACUUCAUCUCAGUAGAGACAGCGUGGGCUCCUGAACGGCCUCUUCUCAUCACUUCUGGGUCUUCUUCAGCCACCCAGCCAGGCUCUCCACGAAUAACGCCUGAAAAAGAAUGCACGGCCAGGAGCCUUGCCCCGAGGUCAAGGCGGCUGAAUUGCUGCUUUGUCCGGGCAGGGGUUCUGCACUGCAACAGGAAUGCAAUCGCCACCUUCAGAUCUCGGGUGGCAGAAGAGGCAGCCCACCCUCAAGCCUUUCCAGCCCAAGAGAAAGAUGCUUUCCACUUUGUGCCUGUGAGCGCCAGGCUCCACCCCCCUCCUGCCUCUGUGCACCCUUCUGCAAGUCACUCGCCUCUUUACUUUCUCUGCACGAUGGGAAGCUUGCCUGCAAGGUGGUUAGUGGUGGAGAUGGGACCUCCAUAUUUGCGUCACUGUCACCGACAAGGUGAGGACCUGCCAGUUCCUGUCUCUCUCCAGGAGAGGAGGAGCAGACCACUUCCCAGGGGAAUCUGAGUCAGCUAAGUAAAUGCUGCGACCGUUUGAUGGAAACACCAAGUGAUUUCUACUGGGGAAUCUCUGAAAAAUACUGUAAAGCCAUUACCUUCUUAGAACAGACCAUCUGUCUCCCGGUAUCAUUGAAAACAGCCAUCACUUAAAAGGCAACUCAGCCCAGCCUGGUCAGGUGCUAAUCAAGGACAUGAGUUAAUAAGGCAAAAUAAUUAGAGGAUUCGUGUCAUGACCUACCUGAACCAAGGGACUUGAACGCAGGAAGGCAGUGCCACUCGAGGACGUCAGGGCAGUGCUGACACCCUUAAUAAGUCAAGGAUGCAGUGUCCAUCACAAACCUUUCCUGCUCUCUGAUUGCCUGAGAUUUAUGGGAUCCUGAUGAGUCACUAGGGACGUGAAAUCAUAACUAGAAGAAACAUCACCACCAAUGAAACAGCGUGUCACGGCUCAGCGUACGUGGUCGACCCUUCCUGACAACAUCUCAUAACUGCAGAACAGAGGCCUGUGUUAUCCCGACGUAAAUAUGGACCCACGGUGGGUGAUCUAACUCACUGUGACACAAGAGCGUCCAGCCGGUCCAUCAGGACGGUCUCCAGGGACAGGUCCCGAGGAGGAGUCUUAAGGAAAGUGAUACGUGGUCUUCAGCGUCUUGAGUCUGAAGGGAAGCAGCAUGGAAGAAGAAAGAGGGCUAUUAAAGCAGGAAGCAGAACAAUGGUUGCCAGGGGCUGGCCGUGGAGGAACCAUGUCGGCAACAAAAUGACAAGAGAGCGUGGAAAUGUACACAACUCAGCGGUGGUGCUGAUUCCACAACCGUGCACAGGGCUCACCACUCACCCACCUGUCCACCUGAAAGGGCUGCUUUUACUGAAAACAAUUACGUCUCAGUAAACGUGAACAGAAAACCAAAGGAGCCUCAUCGUUUUCAUUCCUUUCCUGCAUGAGCAGCACUAAGUCCAGCGAGUCAGAUGGGUGAAGAUACGCACAAGCAAUUCUUUCACUUUUACGUAAAAAAUCUAUGCUGUUGCUGUUUACAACAGCCAAGACGUGGAAGCAAACUAAACCACCACCGAGAGGGGAACGGAUAAAGAAGAUGUGGUUCAUGUGUACAACGGAGUAUACUCAGCCAUGAAAAAGAAUGAAAUAGUGCCAUUGGCAGCAACAUGGAUGGACCUAGAGAUGAUCUUACUAAGUGAAAAGCUCUGUGGAUCUGUACCUGUGUGGGCCGCUGUUUUCUCUGCUGCAAGCCUAGAACAAUGGCCUUCCCCCAGCCUGGGCUCAACAGAGACCUGCUGAACCCUGGGUAUUGGCACCUGUGAAAAUACCCACUUUCUGGACAGUGUGCAUGGGGUUCCACGGAAAAUGCACAGAAUUAUAUGCUCACGGAAGAAAGAUAGGAGACAGUGUUUGGCAAGUUGACUGUAAGUAUGAGAGUGUUUCACUGGUAAAGGUCUAUCAGGGUAGAAAUCUUGGUCUCAACUUCCUUCAACCACUCCAUAUAUCCGAAUUCUCGUUCUAUUAACAAUCAGAGGUGUGACCAGGCACCAGUCCCUAAAUCUUCCAAGCACUUGGUCAUGAGCAAAGGGUUCAAUCGCAUGAAUUGGACAGCCCGUCCCGAUUAGGAGUGUUACUCAUUGAGAGACUAAGCACGGGUGUGGAGAACUUGUAUUUCAUAAGGUGCUCAGUAUAUGAAACUGUUUCUACGUAAUCUAAAACAACCUUACGAACUAACGUCUCAUGGAUCUAUAUUGAGUUUAGACAUCAAUGCCACUCCAUAGAGUACACUCUUAAAAAACCAUCUUAGAACAUCUUCAUCCAUCCAACGUCUGGUGGAUGAAUAUAAAUCCAAGGAUAUCAUAAAUGAUUUCAAUUCUCCAGCACAGUUCUUCAUAAACACAGCUUCUGUUCAAAGCAAUGGGGAUGCUGGCUCAGAUUUCUAUCUCUAAGUCCUUUUUAAUUCACUCAUUCUGAAUUUGGAAUGGUCUAAGGGGUACGUAUUGGAUUAAAAUUUAAACAUGAUCAACCUGUGCUUCCUACCCUUGCCUAACAUAACCAACAGCAAAGUGACUGUACCAUGAACACAAGUAGGGAAAACAUAUGCCUGAAACGUACCCCUACACAUUCAUCAGUAAUUUUUAGAUUGCGAGAUUUUUUUUAACUCCUGUAUUAAUUUUUCCUUUAGCUGAUUCAUUAAUGCUUCUACUAUAUUUUCUUCUUCACUUUUCUCCACUGCUGUAAAUCAUUUAAAUGGAUUUCAAAAGGGCAACUUAAGAUGGAAGAAAAACAGAGUAGCUGGCCUUCUUGUGCAGGUCUCUUGGGAACUAGCUAUUGGAAACGCACCCCCCCCCUUUGAUUUGGGGACUCUAAUGUGUACCCACAGUAUGCAGCGCACAGCAGUGGCUUUGAUGGUGACGUGAGACCCGGAAGACAGAUUUACUUUCACUGUCUCCAUCACCUUCAUUGCCUCUACAGCCUAUCUAGUGAUGCUGCAACGUCCACCUCUGUAAAAACCACGGCUAUAACACAGGUGGUCACUGAGGACCUGAAGAGACGCAUAAUCUGAUCUAAACUGUCCCAAUGUUACCCAAAGCUCAUGGACUCAGAGUGCGCUCGGGCAAGACGCGUGUACCUGUCUGGGGCCGUGAGACUCUGAAGCUGUUUCGGCUAUUUUUUUCUUUUUCUCAAGCAGACUGAUGCUUUUUCAGUGUUUCAGACAAGGAGCAAUGGUACCCGGGGUUUCAGGAACACAGCUGGCACUUUUAGAUCCUACCUGGAUGAGCGAUCGCAAUAAGGUGUGAGGCAGGGCUCACGAGAGAAUGCGUUUAGAGGGUUCAGAAGGAAAGCGAGGUAGGUCGCUGCUUGUUCCUCCCCAGAUAAACAAGGCAGAGUGGACGGGCAGAGCCAGAGACGAAGGUGCAACCCUCCAGGUGGGGUGUGAGUUAACUGUUAGGGGGUCCCUGCCUGCACAUCCUAGCAGGUAAAACUGUCUUCAUAGCAAUAGACAUGGUGGUGGUCUCUACACAUCUGUGAAGUAAUAACCUAGACCGAGGGGCAGAGGAAACGCAAUAAUUAACAUACGGCGUUCAGACGGUUCCCUGGUACAGGGUAGGCACUCAGGAUCACACAGUUUUGAGUGGUUUAUUGACUUUGGUCCCAAAGAGAAGUCAAUUCCAUGGCUGGGAUCAUGGAAAACCAAAGAACUGUAGAAUUGGGAUCUGAUGAAUGGCUCACGUUGUUUAAAAAAAACUGUCGGAUCCAUUAAAAAACAUCUUCUAGAAAACAUCUUAGUAAGAUAGCAAGGUGUGGCCAGUUUAAUUGUAUAAGAAGGUGGGAAUGAGGAAAAGUCUUCCCUGCUUGCCUUCCUUUACUAUCAGCUGUAGCAUUCAGCACACCCACGGAGUGAGACUGAGAUCAACACAGGAUGUACGGUUGCUAAUACCCUAGAGGUGCCCUGAUAAAUCUAAUCGACAAUAAUUAAUGCAGGGUCGUAUAUAUGUAAAUUCUCUCUCACAGAUGUAAGUAAAAAUAAAAUCAAAAUUAUUCCUCUCUGAAAAUGCUCUGAGAAUGUAUAAUGUCAACAUGGAUGAACUAGACAAGACUACGAAACUUACUGGACUGACUGGUAUGUAUUACAUCCUAAUAUUCCCAUUGCCACUGUCACGUAACAUUUCCAUCGUCAGUUUUUUUAUUCAGAAAGUCAGUAAGUGCUGACAAUAUUCAUUACUCAGGGUACAAGGCCUAGGUCUCUAUGUUUACUGAGUUAACGACCCUGGAGAGUAAUCGAUCAAGAAAGAGGGGCUUGUAGGGGUGGGAAGUAUCAGAUCAUCACAAAUUUCAAAAUAAUUCCCACCUGCUGAAAUUAAAAAGUAAAAUACGGAGUUUUACUAGGAAUAGUUUAACAUGUCAACUAAUUUCAAGCCCUGGUUAUAAUCAGGCUGACCUCCAUUUCUCCAUUCAGGCCACUUUUCUAAUGCAUUCUGAGCCUUGGAACUGAAGCUUUAAAAAUAAAUCUUCAUCUUGUUGAACUGUUCUGCUGCACUGUUAGGGAUACUGGCAUCACCCCAAAUACCUGCACAGGGGCACUGAGAGAUGUGUGUAUCACUGGGACAAUAGGUGUCUAUUUCAGAAGAGGUAUUGGGUAGAAUGGUGGGGUAAUUAGAGAAUAAAUCUUCUCCCAUCACCCAUCACCCUGUGUGACAGGGUGCAUGUGUCUCUGGAAGUGGACAAUUGUGUUUCCAGUUUAUGUCAGUCUAGAACAAGGCAUGAGUGUCAGGUAUAGAUUCUAGGAGGUUGAUAAAGGACCAAGUAGGGUCCACACUGUGAUCAUGGAGCCCCAAAUUCAUAGACCUCCUGGUCAGCCUUUGGGGUCUCGCUGCUGAUGCUAGAUACUGCCUAGUUGCAGCGUUGUAUUGGGAUUCAUUCUCAAGACAGACAGCAGACACCUGUGUCAUGGGAAACGGUAACCAGCUGAGACUCUCUUACAUUGUACACCAAGCGAAAUCUGACUUGCACAUUCAAUUCCUUGUUCUGUAUUCAGACAUUUCCCCGGGUUCUAACGGGCAAAAUUCUGCUUCUGCAUGGUGAUUUUCAGGCAGAGGAAAUAACACGAAAGAGGAAGACUUUGAGAAGUUCAAGCAGAUGACGAGAGAAGAGGGGAUUCCGGAAGAAAAUACUGUGAAUGUCACGGAAGCUGGUAACAGAAUUAUACUUUUUCCUGAAUGUAUCCUUCACCUGGCAUGUAAAUACGCUAUCGGGAAACAAGUCAAUUGAUUUAAAACUUCCUCUUCCACGAGUCAUCUUUUAUAAAAUCCAUCACUUAAAAAAAAGAAACUUUGGAAAUACUGAGAAACGGUAGUAAUCGGUGGUUCUUUGAUUCCUGCCGUUUUGAUUUUCCCCAGUGGAAAAAAAAAGUGACUUCACCGCCUAAUUCUAAGUAAACACAGCCGGUUAUUAAUGCUCUUUCAUGAAACAAAUCAACAAGCACAUGCUGUGAUUUCAUAUGUGCCAAAUGUUGUAAGUAAUAUUUUGUGUCCCAGUAACUUAAAUUCUGUCACUAGAGAACUUUUUCUGUUCCAGUAGGUAAUUUCGCUUCUCUUGAGCCCUAUUACAUUUCAGAUUUGUUGGUUGAUUCAUGCUGAGCCGUUCUGGUGAGACAGCCUUAUCCUGCAGGAAUCACGCCAACCACAGUCAUUACAGAGAAGCAGGGAUGUGGCCAGAAGUUGGUGGAAACUAGUUUGCGUUCCAGUCAGGCCUGACAUGAUGGCUGUCCAUACACAUCCCAACUCCAGGAGGACUGGGGUUAAAGAGACCUCACACUUCCCGCAAGAACAAUGUUUACUUUUGCCCCGCUCAAGGCCUUCCAGCCACACUGUCUGAAACACGCGUUUGGUCUAUAUUCCCCUUCAGAAGGUGACUUUGUUCUAGCGGAACCUUUAAACUUUCUAAACUAAGAGAGCCUCAGAAAACGACACUGAUCUAGGCUAAAGUGUGUUUUUAUUUUUCUGUUUGAACAAAACGGAAGGAAAAAAGCAAAUAAAAACACUAUC